AUGGCCUCCCAGACAACACCUACACCUGGCACGAACGGGGAGGAUGAGCUUGAUUACUUGCGAGGUAUGAGCCGUGACGAGAUAAAAGAUUUCAUCGUCAGUCUUUCAAGUCUUCCAUCUGAGACUGGAAAACCGGAUCCAGCAGCGACUCCAUCGAAUUGGCUGAAUGAAAGCAUUGGCGCACCACCCCUCUGGGCUGAGGAGUUCGACUACCAAAAGAACUACAAGUUCUGUCUCAAUUGCAUGCUAUUCACUGCAAUCUAUAGUACAGAGUACAAACGGCGAGAUGAUGGGCCUGGAGAAUUCAAACUCAAGCACCUCAAAGAGGUUUCGACCCUCCAUCAUAUUGAACCAGCCAAGCUCAGAUCUCCCUACACGCUGAAGGAUAUCCUGGAUAGCGCCAUCAAUGGGUGUCCCUUGUGUUCAAUGGUAGUAGGAACAUCGUGGUUCGAAGGGAACACGCCGUUCGACACUGCAAGAUGGGUGAAAAAUCCGCUGUGGAGGAGAAGAGCACAAAGGCUCCUCUUCAAUAUGUAUCGACCAGAUAUCACUCUGCAUACGGACGGGAAGUGGUCGGGCCCAUUUUUACAAAUCGUGUAUGGAACAGACAUGAAGAUACCGGAGUCAUCCGCAGACAGGGAUAGAUGCGACUCCUGGAGAGUGAUCCAUCUGUGGGGCCCCGAGCAGCUGAAGAAUUGGUACGACCGCAAAGGCUGCCCUUACACCUUGCAAGCAACCUUGGGCGAACCGCCUCUUCCCUCCAUGUCCCCCACUACUCGCUGCCCGCAUGUUAUGGACAUAGCUGAAUGGUGGAUAAGACGCUGUCUUGGAGAGCACACCACCUGUGCGAUUCCUGGAGGUCAAAUGGACGAUUCAGAAUCGCCCUCUCGCCUGUUGCACAUCGACAAUGACAAAGGUAAAAAGAAGUUCCCCAACUUGGAGGAAGCAAAACUUGCAGACUUCAUGAACAACAUCGAUGAAGCGUCUCUUCCGCAGACUUUGCAGGAUGCUAUCAUUAUUACGCGCUAUCUGGGCUAUUCAUACCUGUGGAUCGACGCAUUUUGCAUCAUCCAGGAUAGCCCAUCUGACUGGUUGGCAGAGUCGGUCAAGAUGGGAUCCAUCUACCGCAAGUCUGUCUUCACCAUCGCCGCCCUCGGCGCAGCAAAUGUUUACCAAGGCUGUUUCACGGCUCGGAAUCCAAAUUGCUACCGAGAUAUUUCGCUUAGUGAUCCCAACUUAGUAUUUUCUGCUCGCGCCGGCGACGUGUAUCCCGGUUUCAAGAGGGAAUUUGAGGUUUUUGGUCCUGUGGCUUCUCCACUGCAAACUCGUGCAUGGUGCGUCCAGGAACAGCUGCUGUCACCACGAACUUUGUUUUUUGGAGCAUCGGGGAUAUUUUGGCAAUGUCUCGAGUGCGAGGCAGAUGAAGGGUAUCCGCAAGGGACCAAAGGCUCGGAGGAAAACCUGAAAAGCGUCGUCACAAAGUCACUCGUCUCACCAGGAGAAUCUGAUGUGAGGAAGACCUGGAGAACAGUUCUGCAACGCUACACGGGCUGCAAGCUCACAUAUGCUUCUGACAAACUUGUUGCUAUCUCCGGCGUUGGGCGAUUGCUUGCCAAAGCAUCGGGUGACGAGUUCAUCGCGGGAAUGUUGAAACAGGAUAUCUGGCGUGAUCUCCUCUGGUCCUCCCAAGAAACUCUGUGGUCACAAAAUGAGGAUCUGGCUCGGCUUACAAAUGAUAGUCCGUCGUUUUCUUGGGCAUCUGUAUCACAACCUACCUGCUACUCCUUCAGUCUUCAAGACUACUCAAAACGUUCGCAUAUGGAUGCAAAAUCGAUUAUUGUUGAAAACACAGGCACCGGACCUGUACAACAGUGCAACCUCCGCGUCACCACCCAGUUGCGUGAGGUAGUACUCCUCCCACCGGUAUACAGCAAAUCUGGACGUCCCUCUCUCAUGCUCGCUGAGGACGUACCGUUCGAUCACGAGAGCGCGUGGAGCGACUCUGACGUUCCUCUUCAAGUCACCGCCAGACUCCAGGAAGACACCACUUUUUCCUGGCAUCUGGACAGAGACAUCGAUAAAGAUAAGGAUACUUCUCGCCUUGGUCAUUUUGCCUACUACUGGAUUCCCGACAUUUCUCUGUUAGAUGGUAAGAUAACACGCGCCUGGCAUAUGUGCCUUGUGCGGCAAGAAGGCUAUUAUCCUGCUGGUUCAAUGGGCCUGAUCGUGAUUCCGGUAGAUGAGGAAAAGAAGACAUGGAAGAGGAUUGGAUUCUGCCUUCAUACUGGUUUUGCGGAAUCUUGGAAAGAAGGCAUGGAGUUGAGAUUCACGGUCCAGAAUGACACAACCAAAGAAAUUGAUUGGGAAGAAACAGCAAAACUUCGCGCGCCAAAUCCAUUCCUACUGGACAAGGAGAAGCCGUGUGUCGAGAUUAUUCUUGUUUAG